GCAGAGCACACCGAUCCGCCUUUUUACAGCUAGACCUGUGUGCAGCAAGGAGCGAAGACCCUCAGUGUCCCCUUCCUUACCCAGGUUCCUCACAGAAUGGAUUCCCAGCGGGAGCUUGCAGAGGAACUCCGGCUUUACCAAUCCACCCUUCUUCAGGAUGGUCUAAAAGAUCUCCUGGAAGAGAAAAAAUUCAUCGAUUGCACCUUAAAAGCAGGUGACAAAAGUCUUCCUUGCCACAGACUGAUACUGUCUGCUUGUAGUCCUUACUUCCGUGAGUAUUUUUUGUCUGAAAUUGAGGAGGAGAAAAAAAAGGAGGUAGUGCUAGAUAACGUGGAUCCUGCUAUCCUGGAUUUGAUCAUCAAAUAUCUGUACUCUGCCAGUAUCGAUCUCAAUGACGGAAAUGUGCAAGACAUCUUUGCCCUGUCCAGCCGCUUCCAGAUCCCCUCAGUCUUCACCGUCUGUGUGUCUUACCUUCAGAAAAGACUGGCUCCCGGUAACUGUCUGGCCAUCCUAAGAUUGGGGCUUCUUCUUGACUGCCCGAGACUCGCCAUUUCUGCCCGGGAGUUUGUGUCAGAUCGCUUUGUGCAGAUUUGUAAGGAGGAAGACUUCAUGCAGCUGUCUCCGCAGGAACUGAUCUCGGUCAUUUCAAAUGACAGUCUCAAUGUCGAAAAGGAGGAAGUAGUGUUUGAGGCAGUGAUGAAAUGGGUGCGGACAGACAAAGAGAACAGGGCGAAAAAUCUCAGUGAAGUGUUUGAUUGUAUUCGUUUUCGCCUGAUGACGGAAAAAUACUUCAAAGAUCAUGUCGAGAAGGAUGACAUAAUUAAAAGCAACCCAGAAGUCCAGAAAAAAAUCAAAGUUCUAAAAGAUGCUUUCGCAGGCAAGCUCCCGGAACCUAACAAAAAUGCAGAGAAGGCAGGGACAGGCGAGGUGAAUGGUGAUGUUGGUGACGAAGACUUACUUCCUGGUUACCUGAAUGAUAUUCCCAGACAUGGCAUGUUCGUUAAAGAUCUCAUCCUCCUGGUCAAUGACACAGCAGCUGUGGCUUAUGACCCCACGGAAAACGAAUGCUACCUUACUGCCCUGGCAGAGCAGAUCCCCAGAAAUCAUUCCAGUAUUGUUACCCAACAAAAUCAGGUCUACGUGGUGGGAGGACUGUAUGUGGAUGAAGAAAAUAAAGAUCAGCCCUUGCAGUCAUACUUCUUCCAGCUUGAUAGCAUAACAUCUGAGUGGGUCGGACUUCCGCCUCUACCAUCAGCCAGGUGUCUCUUUGGUCUGGGAGAGGUGGAUGACAAAAUCUAUGUGGUUGCCGGCAAAGACCUUCAGACAGAGGCUUCCCUAGACUCCGUCUUAUGCUAUGAUCCUGUGGCUGCAAAAUGGAGUGAAGUGAAAAAUCUUCCUAUUAAAGUUUAUGGCCAUAAUGUGAUCUCACAUAAUGGGAUGAUAUACUGUCUAGGCGGGAAGACAGACGACAAAAAGUGUACAAACAGGGUGUUUAUCUACAACCCAAAAAAGGGAGACUGGAAAGAUCUGGCUCCGAUGAAGACCCCUCGUUCCAUGUUUGGAGUGGCGAUCCAUAAAGGCAAAAUUGUAAUCGCAGGAGGGGUCACCGAGGAUGGUCUUUCAGCAUCGGUUGAAGCGUUCGACCUCAAGACCAAUAAAUGGGAAGUGAUGACGGAAUUUCCUCAAGAAAGAAGCUCCAUCAGUCUGGUGAGCCUGGCCGGAUCCCUGUAUGCCAUCGGCGGUUUCGCGAUGGUUCAACUGGAAUCCAAAGAGUUUGCGCCCACUGAAGUCAAUGACAUAUGGAAGUAUGAAGAUGAUAAAAAAGAAUGGGCUGGGAUGUUGAAGGAAAUACGUUAUGCUUCCGGAGCUAGUUGCCUAGCAACACGCUUAAAUCUGUUCAAACUCUCUAAGCUAUAAACAAGGUCACAAAAACAAUGGUUUGAGAGGUGGCUUGUUGGGACAAGAGGGCUAUAAUUUAUUGUCUUUCUUUAAGCCUGUACAAUGAUUCAUGUAGAGUCUCUAUGUAGCAGAAUCUCAGUCACGGCUUUUUCCAGUGCUGAGUAUAAAGUAUAAAACCAUUUGCUAAGAACUUUAGUAUUCAGUUGAACAAUGUACUUUUGUUAAACUUUACUCAAAAGAAGUGAGCUUUCUAAAUCUGAGCUGUUUACUCAUCCUUUGUAUUCUUAAGGUACAUUUACACUUGUUUUCUAUUAUCUAUGAAAUGCGUAUGUCUACAUUCUAAAGAAAUGUUUGAAUAACAGAAACCUUUCACAUGUCUGAUAGGAAUCUUGUGCAUUAUAAUGAAGAUGAUUGGAAAUGCUGUUUAAGUAUAAUAAAUGAGUCUCACAUGUAGGGGAAA